GGAAGAACUCCAGCACCCGACUGAAAAAAUCCCGUCCCACAUUGCCAGUUGCAUGUACCUUGGAGGGGGAGCUGCCUGGAAGUCAACAGAAAAGAGCACCACACCGCUUGCCGAAACAACACAACACGCCUUUUUCCGCCCGACUUUUCAGCAAACGGACCAGAACGAGCUUUCAAAAUGGCGACUGCGACUGCGACUGCAACACAGCCAGGUGGAGGGGGUGGAAAUGCGACGUUCAGGGACAAGGAGAAGCCGUUGGCUGUCCGGUCCUCGAAUAUCGUCGCCGCUAGAGCUGUUGCCGACGCCAUUAGGACAUCGCUGGGACCGCGGGGUAUGGACAAGAUGAUUCGGAGUGGCAAGGGGGAGACCAUCAUCACCAACGAUGGCAGCACAAUGCUCAAGAGCAUGUCGGUCAUGCAUCCCACAGCCAAGAUGCUUGUCCAACUGUCGAACGCCCAAGACGUCGAAGCCGGUGACGGCACUACAUCCGUGGUGGUUAUCUGUGGUAGUCUACUCGGUGCUGCCGACCGGUUACUCUCCAAGGGCAUCCACCCCUCAGUUAUCUCCGAGUCAUUCCAGAGGGCCGCCGCCGCCUCCGUUAAGGUCCUCCACGAUAUGUCACAACCCAUCGCUCUCACAGAUACCGCCGCCCUCCUCCAGGCCGCCAACACCUCCCUAUCCUCCAAGAUCGUUUCCCAGUAUUCGAACCUUCUCGGCCCCAUGGCCGUCAACGCAGUCACCAAGACGAUAGACCUCAAGACGGCGGACAACGUGGACCUAAAGAACAUUCGCAUCAUCAAGAAGGUUGGCGGGACGAUAGAAGACAGCGAACUAGUGGACGGUCUGGUCUUGACACAGCCGGUCAUCAAGAGCGCAGGGGGGCCGGUACGGAUGGAGAAGGCCAAGAUCGGUCUCAUUCAGUUCCAACUGAGCCCCCCCAAGCCUGAUAUGGAAAACACCAUCUCUGUCAACGACUACCGCCAGAUGGACAAGAUCGUCAAGGAGGAGCGGAUGUACCUCCUGAACAUGGCCAAGAAGAUCAAGAAGGCCAAGUGCAACGUCCUCCUUAUCCAAAAGUCGAUCCUCCGCGACGCCGUCAACGACCUCUCCCUGCACUUCCUCCAGCGUCUCGGCAUCCUCGCCGUCAAGGACAUCGAGCGCGACGAGGUCGAGUUCAUCUGCAAGUCGACCGGCUGCAAGCCCAUCGCCGACAUCGACAGCUUCACCGAGGACAAGCUGGGCAGCGCCGACGUCGUCGAGGAGGUCCAGAGCUCCGGCAGCCGCAUGGUCAAGGUGAUGGGCACGCGGUCGGCGGGCAAGACCAUCUCGGUGGUGGUCCGCGGCGCCAACAGCCUGAUCCUGGACGAGGCCGAGCGGUCGCUGCACGACGCCCUGUGCGUGGUGCGGUGCCUGGUCAAGAAGAAGGCUCUCAUCGCGGGCGGCGGCGCGGCCGAGAUCGAGAUCGCGUCGCAGCUCAGCAAGCAGGCGCGCGCGCUGACGGGCACCGAGGCCAUCUGCUGGAAGGCCUUCGCCGACGCCCUCGAGGUCGUCCCCACCACGCUGGCCGAGAACGCCGGGCUGAACAGCAUCAAGGUCGUCACCGACCUGCGCCACCGCCACGAGCUGGGCGAGAAGAACGCCGGCGUCAGCAUCAAGAGCAGCGGCGUCAACUCCAACAUCGCAAAGGAGAACGUGCUGCAGCCCCUGCUCGUUAGCACCAGCGCCAUCGAGCUGGCCGCCGAGACGGUCAAGAUGAUUCUGCGCAUCGAUGAUAUCGCGCUGACUAGGUAAAAGGGCGUUGAAGAGCUGGGCUGGUCUAUGUAUCACGGGCAUUAAAUGGCAGGGAAAUAAAAUAAACUGCAUGAAUGAAUGAUGGACUCGUGGUUGUCGAGGAAUUUAGAGACAUCAACUCAGGACGGUCAGAACGACUAGUUGAGGCCGCAAUACAUGAAUAAGCGCUGUCAUGAACCUGCCGACGAGUCCAUCCUGCCGUAGACCGGGACCAAGUACACACAUACAACGAAAGGAGUGGAAUGCGGAUGCCGCAGACUAGGUUGUUACUGGGAAGCAAACCAUGAAGAG